AUGGCCGUCAGUGCAUAUUAUGAGAAAAAAUGGGCAGCUCUCACGGACAAGCCUUCAUAUGAGCAAAAUAUUCAUGAGAGGGACAUUAAAGAAGAUACUUUCAAUCUUCUCGAGAUCAGUGAGGAUAUUUUUAAUAUAUCUGACACACAACUGGCAGUGAUAUUUCCAAACAAGCACUUAAGGAGGGGAGAUUUUACAAUUCAUAAUGAAGGAACCUUGGACACUCCAGUGGUAGAAGGAACCUUGGACACUCCAGUGGUAGAAGGAACCUUGGACACUCCAGUGGUAGAAGGAAGCUUGGACACUCAGGUGGUAGAAGGAACCAUUGACACUUCGGUGGUAAAAGGGACCUUGGACACUCCAGUGGUAGAAGGAACCUUGGACACUCCAGUGGUAGAAGGAACCUUGGACACUCCAGUGGUAGAAGGAACCUUGGACACUCCAGUGGUAGAAGGAACCUUGGACACUCCAGUGGUAGAAGGAACCUUGGACACUCCAGUGGAAGAAGGAACCUUGGACACUCAGGUGGUAAAAGGAACCUUGGACACUCCAGUGGUAGAAGGAACCUUGGACACUCCAGUGGUAGAUGAAACCUUAAAUACUCAGGUAGUAGAGGGAACCAUGGACACUUCGGUGGUAAAAGGAAGCUUGGACACUCCAGUGGUAAAAGGAACCUUGGACACUCCAGUGGUAGAAGGAACCUUGGACACUCAGGUGGUAGAAGGAACCUUGGACACUCAGGUGGUAGAAGGAACCAUUGACACUCCAGUGGUAAAAGGGACCUUGGACACUCCAGUGGUAGAAGGAACCUUGGACACUCCAGUGGUAGAAGGAACCUUGGACACUCCAGUGGUGGUAGAAGGAACCAUUGACACUCCAGUGGUAAAAGGGACCUUGGACACUCCAGUGGUAGAAGGAACCUUGGACACUCCAGUGGUAGAAGGAACCUUGGACACUCAGGUGGUAGAAGGAACCAUUGACACUCCAGUGGUAAAAGGGACCUUGGACACUCCAGUGGUAGAAGAAACCUUGGACACUCCAGUGGUAGAAGGAACCUUGGACACUCCAGUGGUAGAAGGAACCUUGGACACUCAGGUGGUAGAAGGAACCAUUGACACUCCAGUGGUAAAAGGGACCUUGGACACUCCAGUGGUAGAAGGAACCUUGGACACUCCAGUGGUAGAAGGAACCUUGGACACUCCAGUGGUAGAAGGAACCUUGGACACUCAGGUGGUAGAAGGAACCAUUGACACUCCAGUGGUAAAAGGGACCUUGGACACUCCAGUGGUAGAAGGAACCUUGGACACUCCAGUGGUAGAAGGAACCUUGGACACUCCAGUGGUAGAAGGAACCUUGGACACUCAGGUGGUAGAAGGAACCAUUGACACUUCGGUGGUAAAAGGAAGCUUGGACACUCCAGUGGUAAAAGGAACCUUGGACACUCCAGUGGUGGAAGAAGGAACCUUGGGUACUGAAGUGGUAGAAGGAACCUUGGACACUCCAAUGGUAGAAGGAACUUUGGACACUCAGGUGGUAAAAGAAACCUUAGACACCCAGGUGGUAGAAGGAACCUUGGACACUCCAGUGGUAGAAGGAACCUUAGACACUCAGAUGGUAGAAGGAACCUUGGAUACUUAG